AAAUGAUUAGCCACACAUAUGGUUCAGUGCUGAGAAACAACAAAAAUGGAAAAACUUGAGGAUAAUUCAUGAAGUAGGGCCAUGAAAUAAUGGAGUUAUGUUCCUCCAUUUCCACCAAACAAAGUCUUCUUAAUUGCAAAGGGCUCACAACUCACACAUUACAGCAUCUGAACACAUGCCAAUGCCAUUCAAACAUACACCAAAGGGAUCUGAAAACAUCUCACAUUACUGAUUGCAUACAGCCAUACAAGUCCUUGUCACUGUUCCCACCUUCUGAAUCAUUAGUCCCUCUUCAAAAUUUGUCUCCUUUUUCAACCUCUAUAUCUCACAUGCACUACCACUUUGGCAUAUUAUCUAUCACUCUUCACUUCUUCUUUUGCCAUUCAGAAAUGGUUGCUAAAACCAGUGUUUCACAUGAGGCCUCUCCAAGAAAGGUUCAUGUUCAGCUUGUUCCAAAGUCUGUUUCAGAUAGGUUGCUUGAGAAGUUCUACGAUGGAUCACAGUUCGACUUUGAUUACGAGAAAAGCGGCUUGUGGUCUCCUCCGAUUCGCCCCUCAGUGUUCCUCAGUUCCCCAGGGAGGAUCUUAACAGAUGAACAAAUGCUUGAAAGACUCAGAAGAAAAGAUGCAACAAGGCAUAGCAGAAAACCCAGACUUUAUUGUUUCACUGUGUUAUGUUGUUCCUAACUCAAAGUGAUCAAUGAAGAGAAAGCAGGAAGGUUUCCAAGCUCUACUACUUCACUUGUAACCAGAAAUAUACAAAUAUGUCAAAAUUGAUGUAUAUGUUAGAAAAUUGAUGUAUAUGUUAGCAGCAUAUAUAGAAUAUCAAUUUCUUACUAGUUUUUUUUUAGAGGAGAUUCCUAUGGUAUGGUACCUAUCAAUUUGUUAUAUGUUAAUUUUCUACAAGCGCAUAUAUAGGAACAGUAUAUCUGGUACCCAUAUUAAUUUGUAGGGAUACUAAUUUGCCACACUACCAUGUUCUAAAGUAUAUGGGUUUCAUUAA